AAAAAAAAAAGAAACGAAAGAAAGAUGUGAUGGAUUUUAAUAUAAAUACUCAACCAUUUCCAACUAUCUGUUUCUCAUUUUCACCAUUGUCUCUCAUCCUUUAUUAUUCUCAUUCACCGGUAAUGGCAAAAGUCUCUCGGAGGAGCAAGAAAACAAUCGUUGAAGAUGAAAUCAGCGAUAAAACAGCGUCUGCAUCUGAGGCUGCGUCCAUUGUCUUUAAAUCCAAACGCAAACGUAAGUCGCCGCCUCGAAACGCUCCUCCUCAACGCAGCUCCCCUUAUAGAGGCGUCACAAGGCAUAGAUGGACUGGGAGAUACGAAGCGCAUUUGUGGGAUAAGAACAGCUGGAACGAGACUCAAACCAAAAAAGGACGACAAGUUUAUCUAGGGGCUUACGACGAAGAAGAAGCAGCAGCACGUGCCUACGACUUAGCAGCAUUGAAGUACUGGGGACGAGACACACUCUUGAACUUCCCUUUGUUUACUUAUGACGAAGACGUCAAAGAAAUGGAAGGCCAAUCCAAGGAAGAGUAUAUUGGAUCAUUGAGAAGAAAAAGUAGUGGAUUUUCUCGAGGUGUAUCAAAAUACAGAGGCGUUGCAAGGCAUCACCAUAAUGGGAGAUGGGAAGCUAGAAUUGGAAGGGUGUUUGGUAAUAAAUAUCUAUAUCUUGGAACAUACGCCACGCAAGAAGAAGCAGCAAUCGCCUACGACAUCGCGGCAAUAGAGUACCGUGGACUUAACGCCGUUACCAAUUUCGACGUCAGCCGUUAUCUAAACCCUGACGCCGCCACAAAUCAUCUCCCGGAUUCUAAGCCAAUUCGAAACGAUCCCGAAUCGUCGGAUGAUAACAAAUGUCCGAAAUCAGAGGAAAUAAUCGAACCAUCUACAUCGCCUGAAGCUAUUACAACUCGCCGGAGCUUUCCCGACGAUAUCCAGACGUAUUUUGGGUGUCAAGACUCCGGCAAGUUAGCGACGGAGGAAGACGUUAUUUUCGGUGGUUUGAAUUCAUUCAUAAAUCCUGGUUUCUAUAACGAGUUUGAUUAUGGACCUUGAUCGUAUUUCUUUACAAAUUUCUUCGCCAUUCAAAGGAAUCAAUAUGUGAAGGUAGCAACUUUAUUAUGAUAAGAAUACAACACCAUUCAGAUGAAUUUGG